AUGUCUCAGAUCAAAGUAGGCUUUAUCGGCCUUUCGUCACACGCAAAAGUCAAAUGGGGCGCAAAUGCACAUCUACCCUACUUCCAAUCAUCCCGUAGUAAAGAAAAGUUUCAAAUCGUGGCAGUUCAAAAUUCCAGCACAGAGUCCGCCCAACAAGCGAUUAAAGACUUUGGGCUACCGCCAGCAACACGUGCAUAUGCCGACCCCGAAGUCCAGCUCGUCGUUAACGUUACUGGCGUGUUCGCUCACUAUCCCUCGGUCCUUCCAAGUGUCAAGGCUGGAAAAGAUGUUUUUGUUGAGUGGCCGCUUGCAGACAGCACGGAACAUAUUCGGGAACUUGCAACAAUAGCUUCCGAUAAUAACAUUCGAACUGGUGUUGGGUUACAAGGCCGUUUUGCUCCAAUAUUCUUAAAGAUAAAGGUAGUUCUUGCGUCCGGCCGAUACGGAAGAGUGUUGAGCAGCGAGGUCAAAUCCGCUUUUCCACAUAACCCUCGAGAUGUUUUGCCUGUUGGAUGGGAUGCUUUUGCUACAAAGAACUUCGGCAUCAAUACAUAUACAAUAAGAUUUGGUCAUUUGAUCGAUGUGAUGCAGUCGAUUCUUGGCGGAGUACACAAUAUCCAUACACAUUUCCAAAUUCAGCGUCCGGAGUUGAAGCGCGUGGAUCUCAGCACCGGUGAAGUCGUGGGAACAGCUCAAACCGAUGUACCGGACCUCGUCAUUUUAGUUGGUUCUCUCAAGAAGUCGGCGAUUGUUCGCGAUGGUGCAACUCUACUUGUGCGAUAUCGCAAAGGAGUGCCUUUCAAGGGCGAGCCAGCCUUGAUAUGGAGCAUCAAUUGCCUCAAUGUAUACUCAGAGCCAGUCACAAUUGAAGUACAUGACUUUGCCACAGACGAGGUCAAUCCUAUAGAGUGGAGGUGGUCCGAUUAUCAGAUGGAGAUUCCCGAAGACGCAAGGGCUACUGCUGCGUGGUAUGAAGCCUAUGCAGCUGGUGUUGAGAACGAGGCUGCAACGUUUCAAACUGCACUGCACCUACAAGAGCAACUGGAAGAGUGGCUUGCUAGUUUAAGGGAUAGUAAUAUCUUAAUAUUUUAA